GCAUUUGGGCAAGCUUGACUGGUAAUAGCUGUGAGCAAAGAGAAAUAAGAGAAAAGCAAUUCAUAGUGGUGCUGCUGCUUUAGGAGAAAAACUGGUAAGCAGUUGUGGUGCUUCACACAGGCUUUGUUCCAUCUCUUUUCCUUUGCCUCUCUAAAGGGAAAUAGAUCAGGGCCAGCACACUGUAUAUAUUAGCAGGUUAACAUACUGGGCUAUACUUGCACUUUAUUGUAAAUGUUUUUGGUACUUCUUCUAAGUCUGUGUUUACCUUGGGUAUUUUCUUAGUUCACACAUGUGAAAUAACAGCUGGGACUUGCCAAAAUAUAGCAGUCAAGUGCUGUACAUGUAGUAGCUUUAAAACUAACACAGGUGUCCUAGAUCCCUUACGCAGAAUAAACAGAAGCACACGAUCAAGAGUGUGUCUAACUCCUCUCUUCUGGAAAUGACGUGUCUUGAAAUGCUUGAUCUGACAGUCACAGCCUCUCAAGAAAGAAGUAUCACAGAGGAAAGGCAAGUACAUUUAAUGAGCUCAGUUCACUGCUGGGUCACACCAGAGCAGAAGGACAAGACCUCCAUCGCUGGAAAGACCACCCAGAGAGGAGGAAGCUGCGCUUGCCCAGGAGGGAGCUGUGACAGAACCCAAGGGCUGCUGCUCUGUGAGCAAGAGGCAGCAGCUGGUGCCAGCAAGGGAAACUGGGGCACUUACUUUCAGGAUGAAGGCCUGGCACAGCAUCUUCUGCCAUCAAUGGGAGUGCUUCCUCUGACUUGCAGAAAGAGAGAUAAAAGCAGCUCACACUGGUGAAUAGUCAUCAUGUCUCGAGCACGGCAGCCCCCACUUGUAACCGGUAUCUCUCCCAAUGAAGGCAUUGCAUGGACAAAAGUGACAAUUAGAGGAGAAAAUUUGGGUACUGGACCUACAGAUCUCCUAGGUUUAACAAUCUGUGGGCACAACUGUCUCCUCACUGCAGAAUGGAUGUCUGCCAGUAAAAUUGUGUGUCGAGUUGGACAGGCUAAAAAUGACAAGGGAGACAUUAUUGUUACUACAAAGUCUGGUGGCAAAGGAACUUCAACUGUUUCCUUCAAACUGCUUAAACCUGAAAAAAUAGGUAUCUUGGAUCAGUCUGCUGUCUGGGUGGAUGAAAUGAACUAUUAUGACAUGCGCACUGACAGGAACAAAGGGAUUCCCCCCUUGUCCUUACGUCCAGCUAAUCCUCUUGGUAUUGAGAUAGACAAGGGCAGAUUUCCUCAAAAAGAUUUAGAGUCACUAUUUCCUGGGAUGAGUGCUGAUUUCACAAGUGAAAACUUUUCUGCUGCCUGGUACCUGAUUGAGAAUCAUUCAACAACAAGUUUUGAUCAGCUCAAAACGGCUGUUGUGAAUUUGAAGAAACAAGCCAAUAAGAAAAAUGAAGGGAGUCUAGCUUAUGUCAAAGGAGGUCUCAGCACAUUUUUUGAAGCACAAGAUGCUCUGUCAGCAAUCCAUCAAAAACUGGAAGCGGAUGGAACGGAAAAAGUAGAAGGAUCCAUGACGCAAAAACUGGAGAAUGUACUGAACAGAGCCAGUAACACAGCAGAUACCUUAUUUCAAGAAGUGCUGGGUCGCAAGGACAAAGCUGAUUCAACAAGAAACGCGCUUAAUGUUCUUCAGCGCUUUAAAUUUCUUUUCAAUCUUCCCUUAAACAUUGAAAGAAAUAUCCAGAAGGGCGAUUAUGAUGUGGUUAUUAAUGACUACGAAAAAGCCAAGUCCCUCUUCGGAAAGACAGAGGUUCAAGUGUUCAAAAAAUAUUAUGCUGAAGUUGAAACCAGAAUUGAAGCUUUACGAGAACUUUUGUUGGAUAAGCUGCUUGAAACUCCGUCAACGUUGCAUGAUCAGAAACGUUAUAUAAGAUAUCUUUCUGAUCUUCAUGCGCCUGGGGACCCAGCUUGGCAGUGCAUUGGUGCUCAACAUCAGUGGAUUCUGCAGCUCAUGCACAACUGUAAGGAGAGCUAUGUUAAAGAGCAAAAAGGCAGCGCAUUGCUCCACAGCCCCAUGCUGGACCUGGACAGUGAUGUGCGUCCAUCGCCCAUGGGCCAUCUCAGUCAAACUGCUUCACUGAAAAGGGGCAGCAGCUUUCAGUCUGGCCGUGAUGAUGCUUGGCGAUACAAAGCUCCUCAGCAAGUUGUAUUUGUUGAAAAGUUGACAAAACUUGUUGUAAGUCAGCUGCCCAACUUCUGGAAGCUCUGGGUUUCCUAUGUGAAUGGAAGCUUAUUCAGUGAGACUGCUGAAAAAUCUGGCCAAAUGGAAAGAUCUAAGAAAAAUGCUAGACAAAGACAAAAUGAUUUCAAGAAAAUGAUUCAGGAAGUUAUGCAUUCUCUGGUAAAACUUAUACGUGGAGCCUUGCUUCCAUUCAGCCUCAGAGAAGGAGAAUUAAGACAGUAUGGUGGCUGGGAGAUGAAAUCUGAACUUUCUGGCCAGUGGCUAACACAUGUUAUCCAGACUGUAAGGCUUAGUUCUGAGUCUCUUACUGCACUUGAGAUACCCAAUGACAUGCUUCAGAUUAUCCAGGAUCUUAUUCUGGACCUUCGUGUACGUUGCAUUAUCGUGACCUUACAACACACAGCUGAAGAUAUAAAGAGAUUAGCUGAAAAGGAGGACUGGGUUGUUGACAAUGAAGGUUUGACAUCAUUGCCAUCCCAGUUUGAACAGUGCAUUAUUCGUUCCUUGCAAUCUCUUAAAACUGUGUUGGACUGCAAACCUGGAGAAGCCAGUGUUUUCCAGCAGCAGAAAACACAGGAGGAUGUGUGCCAGCUAAGCAUUGGGAUCAUGCAGGGCUUUAUAGAUUGUUUGGAACAACUGAGCACCAAACCUGAUGGUGACAUAGAUACAUCACAUCUUUCAGUUGAUGUUUCAUCUCCAGAUUUGUUUGGAAGCAUUCAUGAAGAAUCAAGUCUUUCUUCAGAGCAGAGACUUUUAAUUGCACUCAGUAACUGCCGUUACCUGGAGCGUCACACCUUCCUAAAUAUAGCUGAACACUUUGAGAAACAUGGCUUCCAAGGUGUUGAUAAAAUAACUCAAGUUAGUAUGGAAUCCUUGAAAGAGCUGGAUCAAAGACUGUUUGAAAUGUACAUUGAAUUCAAGGCAGAUCCAAUAGUUGGGUCAUUAGAACCUGGCAUUUAUGCAGGAUAUUUUGAUUGGAAAGAUUGUCUCAUUCCAACAGGUGUCAGAAACUACUUGAAAGAAGCAUUAGUGAAUAUUAUUGCUGUGCAUGCAGAGGUGUUUACCAUUUCCAAAGACUUAGUUCCUCGGGUAAUGUCAAGGGUUGUAGAAGCAGUCUCUGAAGAACUAAGUCGACUGAUGCAGUGUGUUUCAUCCUUCAGCAAAAAUGGAGCUUUACAGGCAAAACUUGAAAUCUGUGCAUUGAGGGAUACCGUGGCCAUAUACCUAACACCUGAAAGCAAAUCAAGCUUUAAGCAAGCUUUGGAAGCCUUGCCUCAGCUCUCAAGUGGAACUGACAGAAAAUUACUAGAAGAGCUGCUAAACAAAUUCAAAAGCAGCAUGCACUUGCAGCUAACCUGUUUCCAAGCUUCUUCAUCAGCCAUGAUGAAAACAUAGACAACAAGACAAUGCAGACAAAUGUGCUUAAGCAUUGUACAUUUUUUUCUGGACUGCUUCAAUUCCUUUGAACACCCUAAAAAAACUAAAAAGAAUUCCACUGGAAAAUAAAUUGGGAUACAACUUUCUCAGUAAUGUUAUGGGGUGUCCUGCUGAGUGAGACUGAUGUUCCUACAUACUUUGAUAAAAUGGUUUUCUGUCUACUGUAUUUCACUCUGUGGAGGGAAUUAAGUCAAUUUUGUUUACAUACAUUUGUUCAUGAAGAAAUAUUCAUUACUGUUCUGCAGUCUCAGUUUCACUUGUUAAAAAUACAUUGAAAUGUAUUUUUAGCAAAUGUCACCUUAAAUUUGAGUAUUACUCAUGUUGUUCAGUGUAUCAAUCUUAAUUUCUAGGUGUAGAGUGAUACUGAAGUGACUGGAAGACACAAAUUCUAUAAACUAUUGAAAAGUAUGUAAUAAGCAUUGCCCCCUAGAGCUGACUAAUUAAUGUCCAGAUGCCAUAUUAAGUACACUGCUUCUUUUGCAUUUAAAAAUAGUGACUUUUUUUUUUUCUGUACUCAUCUACAGUUUUGGUGUUUGUAAGUCUUAUUUCUUGGGGGCUUUUAUUAUCUUACCUAUUUUUAAUUAAACAUGUUGCUGCCUUUCAUGUUUCUCCCUUCUGUUCAAAUAUUGAUGGUAACCUUCACAUCUGAAAUCUACUUUCAUUGGAAAUUACCAGAAAAGCACUUCAGGUUUAUAAGAUUAGUAGAAAAAAAUGUCCAGGUAAAAUAUUCUUUGGUGUUAAGGAGUGGAAUAGUUAAUAGCUACUCACAUAGUAAGGAGGAGCACAAUACAUCAUUAAUUUUGUUUCUUCCUUCCUACUCUUCUUGUCUUUCCUUGCUCUUACAGGCUUAGUAGUACUGUCUUCCCCUUGUUAGUCAGUCCACUUUUCCUCUUUUCUCCACUAGUUAUUGAAUUUUUUGGGGGGCAAAUAGGGAUUCAGGAGAGAACAGUUUUGCUGCCAUUGUUUUGGGGGUAACAAAUCGGUUUAAUUUUAUAAUUGAUAUCAUGGCUUGGAAUUAAAUAAUGCAGUAAUAAUAAAUUCUUUCUGUAAUUACAGACAUUUUGAGUAAAUAAUUUCAGGAAUAGUACAUAGUUUUCAAACAAUUUCUUAAUGUCAGCUCAUUCAUUCUGCCAGUUCACUUAUGUGCUUUAAAAUGCAGCAUACAAUUCCUAUAAAAUGUAAUCUUGGAGAAAGUUUGAUGCACACAUAGUUACUUGUUAAAAAGUUUUGUGUAAGUAGUAGCAGCAUGUUAAAUGGAAGUGUGAGACUUCAAAUAUAUGUUAUUAUCAUUAAGCACCUGGAGCAAUGUUGUUUUGUUAAGUGUUGUCCAUUCUGCGGUGGUCAUAGUCUCAACUGCUGAUAUUAACUGAAAUAGUCAUCCAGUUCUGUAAAAUAUUUCACUUCAAAAUAAUAAAGUAUUAAGAAAUA